UUGUUUACACGUAGGAUUCAACCAAACCAAUGAAUUUCGUGGAAAGAAACACUCACCCACCCACCACACACACAAGUUAAAUUACACCCAUCCUUCUACUAGCAUAUAAGAACACUGGUAUAGCUAGUUUUAAGGGACACUCACUCAAGAAAGAGUUGGUGAAGAAAUAGAUCAAACAUCAUGACGACCACCGACAGGUUUACGCAUGUAGGAUCCAUAGUCGCUAGUUUCAUGUUCGUGUGGGCGAUGUUUCAACAAUUCUUCCCUCAUCAACUUCGAACCUCUAUUGAGAAAUACUCUCAAAGAUUGUUCACUUUCUUUUACCCUUAUAUCCAAAUCAGAUUCAAUGAAAACACUGGAGAUCGUUUCAUGCGCAGUGAAGCUUAUUUAGCCAUUGAGAACUACCUUAGCUCCAAUGCAUCUCUGCAAGCAAAGCGGCUCAAGGCUGAUAUUGUCAAGAAUAGCACGUCUCAGGCUCUGGCUCUGAGCAUGGACGACAACGAAGAGGUAGCUGAUGAGUUCCAAGGAGUCAAGUUUUGGUGGGCUUCUGGAACACAUGGCACCAAAUCUCAUCCCUCCAUUUCUUACCCCCAAGUUACCGAUGAAAAGAGGCACUACAGGCUCACUCUCCACAAAAAGCACCGGAAUUUCGUCAUCGGCUCAUACCUGACUCAUGUACUCAAAGAGGGUGUGGCAAUUAAGGUCAGAAACCGGCAGAGGAAGCUUUACACCAACUAUGGAUCUUAUUGGAGUCAUGUGGUUUUUGAGCACCCAGCAACAUUUGAGACACUAGCCAUGGACACAGAUAAGAAACAAGAUAUUAUAGAUGACUUGAUCACAUUCAGUAAGGCAGAAGAGUUCUACAAGCGAAUUGGGAGGGCUUGGAAGCGAGGGUAUCUUCUUUAUGGCCCUCCAGGUACUGGCAAGUCCACUUUGAUUGCUGCCAUGGCAAAUCUUUUGGGUUAUGAUCUGUAUGAUCUUGAAUUAACAGCCGUGAGAGAUAACAUUGGGCUGAGGAGACUCUUGGUAGAGACAUCAAGCAAGUCAAUCAUUGUAAUUGAGGACAUUGAUUGUUCAGUAGAUCUUACUGGACAACGGAAGAAGAAGAAGAAGGAGAAAGAGAAAGAGGAAGAGAAAGAUCCAGCAAAGAAGUCAGAAAAAGAAGAGGAAGAUACGAAAACCAGUAACGUUACUCUUUCUGGUCUUCUAAAUUUUAUUGAUGGGCUUUGGUCAGCUUGUGGGGGAGAAAGACUCAUUGUCUUUACAACCAAUUAUGUUGAAAAAUUGGAUCCAGCACUUAUUAGGAGAGGACGAAUGGAUAAGCACAUUGAAUUGUCAUAUUGUAGCUUUGAAGCUUUCAGGAUGCUUGCAAAAAACUAUCUUAAUAUUGAAUCACACGAUUUGUUUGUGCAAAUUCGUGUGUUGUUGGAGGAAACCAAUAUGACACCUGCAGAUGUUGCGGAAAAUUUAAUGCCAAAGACUGUUCCGGGGGAUGCUACAACUUGCUUGGAGAUUCUGAUCAGAGCUCUUCACAAGGCAAAAGAGGAAGCAAGGCUCAAGGCUGAGGAAGAAUCAGAAAAGAAUAAAUCAUCAGCCAAAGAAGUGAAAGAGCAAGAGAAGGAAACAUCAACUGAAGAAGAAAGUAAAACAAAGAAACCAUCAGCUAGUUGAAAGAAAGUGAAAUGAAGCGUGGGGCUGUAUCAUCUACGAUUUCAAGAUUGUGGAUUGGACAAUAAUAGGAAUAAGGUUUACGUUUCUUUUUGGCAAUCCAAUCUUUUGGAUGUUAGUUGUUGUCAUCAUUAUUAUGUUUGAGUCAAUGUAAUGUGUGGCAUUAACUUGAAAAAAUUCCAAGAGAAAUACAAUUAUCCUGUUUGUGUCUA